GCUGCUGCUUCUUCGACCCCUUCAUUUCUCAGUACAUAUUCUUUGUGCUCUCUCCUGCAUCAAGGCCAUCUGCAUCUGCAUUUGCAUCCGCAUAGCAUCCACCCGACGCCGUCCCCUCGUCUUCAUCCUCUCCUCGUGGCGGCUUUACCACGCCGUCACCCGUUUUCUUGGCUCGUUAAUUCCCCUGACGACCUUCGUUCAUACCUUUCUCAUCAGCGCUCGCAUCAUUGCUUCCCACUCUGUCCUAACCUCUAGAUCCACUGCCGCAUCUUUGCCCUCUAUCAUAGGAGCCAGAGCUCUCCCAUCCAACGUCCUGACACGCUGUCCUCAUCACCGCUCUCGAUUCUCCAAACUCGCCCACUUGAUCGGCUGCCUCGAGUCUACAGAGCCUCACGUAACGAACACCAGCAACAGCCAGCUAGUCUGGACGCUUCGUUGCCCCUCGGUUUCUGGUAAACCAGUCCGUCGCCGCAAAACAUCGCUGUGUGCACAUCGUCAUGGCCCACUCCACGCGCCCCGAGCACAAGAUCAAUCUUGACAACCUGCCACAAGUCAACUUCCAGUCCCGCUCCGCCUCGUCCACAACAGCCAAUUCACCCAACGAGGCUCCUUCUGGCUCGGGCUUGAGAUACCCUCUAGGUAACAGCUUGGCUACCGCGGGUGCCAUUGGUCUGGUAAAUCGAUCUGGAGCUGGAUCUCCUUCCAAAGAAUAUGGUAGUCGUCUGUUCAGCAAAAGAGCACGAGAGAUCCAAGCUCAAGAGGGUGUAAGUCCUCAAAUCUGGGGCCCUCCUACUUCAGGCAGUGGUCACUCCACCCCUCUACGCGAGAUAAUCCCAGAAUCGCCGAGUAGCGACAGCUUUCCAGACUUCGACCAGUCCGCCACCGACUUCUCCGCUGCCCCUGCUGCCGGUCGCCGCAUGCGAGCGGGUACAGUACCCUCUCGAUUCCCCCCUGUUGGUACUCUUGGGAAUCAGUCGUCUCAGCCCUCGCUAUUGCCCAAGACCUCACGUCCAACACCCUCCACUAGCCCUCUCCAGGCUACCAUUGGUACACUUCCAGAGUCGAAUACAGCCACAGCCUCCGCGAUCAACCCCUCCCAGAAGUCGCUUCUCUCUCGUCUGAGAGCGGGUUCUAUGCCCCAGCGACCCGCUCUUCUCAACAAUACCCCCGGCGGUUUUGGACCACCGUACUUUUCUAACGGAUGGACUUCUGGUCGAGAAAGGGCUUCUACGCUUCAGAGCAUCCGCUCAUCCGACGCGCCCUCCUCCCCGGUGUACUCUUCGCGCGACUCGUUCAAUGACAACGAUGUGAAGACCCUGGAUUAUCUCGGUCUUGUCGACACGCCCCAACCUGGAAGACCGCAUCACUCUCACAUGAUCGGUGCUGGCCAGACAGGUAUCCCUGGUCCGACCAUCGCCGACCUCGCUGCUCUGAAUGCUUAUAACAGAAAUGCAAAUCGCUUCAGAUCUUACUCAGUGAAUGCAAAGGAAAAGUACGCUGACGACGACGAGGACGACUACGACGCCUAUGGGAGCAUAUACGGCAUCCCCUCUGGUGCAGACAUCACUGCUGCACAGGCUCUGGCUGUGCAAGAGGCUGUCCGCCAACACAACCUUGAGGUUCAGGCCUUUACCAACUUGGCCAGUGCCAGUAGGCCUCGUGCCAGGACUGCAGGCGUACUCGACUCUCCUUCGUCUAGAUUGCUUCGCAACUACAUCCCCACCCCUUCGCGUCUGGACAACAGUAUCUCCGCGUCCGACUUCCAAGAGCUUGAGGGUCUUGACUACAGCGGCCUGACCGAUGCUGUGCAGCAGAUGCACCUGGACCAGAAGCCGAUGCUUGAUGUCUCUGACGAAACUCUUCUCGAGAACCCGACACGUGCUCUCUGGCUCGGUAACAUCCCGCCCUCGACCACCGUAUCCUCGCUGAACGUCAUAUUUGGCAACUUCGGCUCUAUAGAAUCCACCAGAGUGCUCACCCACAAAAGUUGUGGCUUUGUGAACUACGAGACCUUGGAGAGCGCAAUACAAGCGAAGUCUCAGCUUCACAUGAAGGAAAUAUUCCCUGGCGCUGGUCCUAUACGCAUUGGCUACGCAAAGGUUCCCAGCAACACUGUCACUCCCGGCGCGCCAGGCUCCUUCCACUCUCCAAGUCCGGAUCCUUUCGCUCGCGAUACCCAGAUUGGCAGCGCAGGUGAUUCAGCUGGUCUCAAGCCAAUCAACAUCAAUGCAGAGACUGCGGCUGCGGCCCUGCUCACACCAAACCUUCGUGAUAUGCGCAGUGAGAUCUACGGUAUCAUCCAGGAACUGGGCGCAAACAAAGAGGAGCAGACACGGAUCAACGCCAACGUCGAGCAAGCCAUCAGCUAUGACCUUUACCAUUCUGAGCUUCCCAGUGUUCCAGAGCCGAGCCCUAAUCGUGUCCACGAUGCUCCACGCCUGCGUGAGAUCAGAAAGCGCAUUGACAACAACAGCUGCUCUCCUGCUGAGAUCGAGAGCAUCGCUAUGGAGAUGCUACCCGAGAUUGCCGAACUUGCUUCCGACUAUCUAGGCAACACGGUUGUACAGAAGUUGUUCGAGUACUGCUCGGAACCGGUCAAGGAGGCUAUGUUACGCGAGAUUGCUCCUCAUCUUGCUGAGAUUGGUGUCCAUAAGAACGGCACUUGGGCUGCGCAGAAGAUCAUCGACGUGGCCAAGACACCUACGCAGAUCAACUUGAUCGUUGACGCAUUGCGACCUUACACACUGGCGCUUUUCUUGGACCAAUAUGGUAACUACGUUAUCCAGUGCUGUCUGCGUUUCCAGGCCCCAAACAAUGAUUUCAUAUUUGACGCUAUGCUUCAGAGACUCUGGGAGGUCGCUCAGGGUAGAUUUGGUGCUCGCGCCAUGAGAGCUUGUCUUGAGAGCCACUUUGCUUCGAGAGACCAACAAAGAAUGUUGGCUUCUGCUAUUGCACUUCAUAGUGUACAGCUUGCAACCAACACUAACGGCGCUUUGCUUUUGACCUGGUUCCUGGAUACUUGCACUUUCCCGCGCCGCCGAUCUGUGCUCGCUCCGAGGCUCAUCCCGCAUUUGGUUCAUUUGUGCACACACAAGGUCGCAUACCUGACUGUGCUCAAGAUCAUCAACCAGAGAAGUGAAGCAGAUGCUCGCGAAGCAGUUCUUCGUGCAUUGUUCUUCUCACCCAAUGACGCUGUUCUCCAAGACGUCCUCAGUGAUUCGGCUUGUGGAGCGACGUUCAUCUUCAAAGUGCUCACGACUCCCUUCCUGGAUGAGAAGAUGCGUCCAGAGGUCUUGGAAAACGUUCGUAAUGUAUUGCUUCGCCUCAAGGCACAACCACAGCAAGGCUACAAGAGAUUGAUGGAUGAGGUUGGUCUUUCGACCCGUCAUGGCGGUGCAUCAGCCAGCCGUGAUGCUAGUCAAACUAGAUCCUCUUCUCGAGGCCCUGGCGCCAACGGUCAUAUGACACAUCUCGACAACCAAGGUGUCUAUGGUCGUCAAGGGUACGGAGGUAUGGUGCCCCAACAACCGCUUGAACAUAUGAUGGGUCCAGCUCUGCAAAGGACUGCCAGCAUAGAUUCCAAUGCGUUCGAUCCAUAUGGUAAUUCAGGCAUGAUGACUCCAGCCUACACCCACAGCCCGGCGAUGUCAAACAUCUCUCCGGUCACGCCUCAGCAAAUCCAGUACCAACAGGCCAUGCUCGCUCAACAGCACGCCGCGGCCCAACGUCCCGGCGGAUUUUACCCUCCGAUGAAUGGUUUCGGAUCUGCGGGUCCUCAGAUGAUGGACCCCUAUGGAAGAGGAAGCCUCAAUGGCUCACCAAUCGCAGCUCCUGGCGCACACCCGCAAAACGGCUACGCCCCACCUGGCUUCAGUCCUAACGUGGGCACUGGUGCAUAUCAGUAUCCUGUGGGUUACUAUCCUCCACAGCAAGGCCAGGUUGGUGGCGGUGGGCAACGCAGAGGACGUAGAUGAUUCGAUGAUUGAUCUAAGACGAUUUGUUCUUGUCAAGCGCUGGCUGUUUGACAAAAUAGAAACCAAGUAAGCUUCGCUGUACGAAAAUUAGGAGGGGGCGUCAGUGUUUGGGCGGAAAAGCGAUGGCGACCGGGUCUUGAACAUAGCUAGUGACGAGCCUCAUUCAUUAUGCAUAUUGUCUUUCUACUCUAGGAGAUGC